UGCUGUUAGCUGGUGCAGUUGCGAAGGCUUAUUUUUUAAAUUUAAAAUAAUGAAUAUGUUUGUCGUUUUCCUUUGUAAACGGUAUCAUUAGGGUUACAGACGCGUUGGGUUAAAUUUAGCCAGCAACGGUUCUAGCUAACUUACCAAACUUUUUUUCCUGAAAAGUAACGUAGUGUUAGGUUAGCUAAGUUGCUAAUUUUGCUACGAGAAAUGUCAACCACGGAUAACACACAGAGUGGAGACCCUUUAGAGAAAAGCGAUGAAACUACUCGAAAUGUGGGAGAGCAGAGCUCAGUGGACAAGCAAGAGGAGCUGCAAGAACAGGCUGAGGGAGGAGAAGCAGAGGGUAAUUUUUCCAGCCCUACAGCUAAGGGCACAUCUGCGGACUCACAAGUCUACACGGCCACCUCACUGAUUCUCACGACCGAGAAGGAGAGCAGUGUUAAAACUCAUCCACUGACUCUACAUUGGGCCUUUGGGAUCAACCCGGCCUUACCUGUCUUCAGCCUCCUGGACCAAGAUCGGCUUGCUGUCCUCUACAGCUGUUCCCAUGUAGCUGUCUUAUAUGACCACACCUCCAGCUCUCAGCAUCUUUUGCAAGGUCAUUGCGGUCCCAUUUCCUGCCUGUGUGUCAGUGAGGACAAACGCUGGCUUGUGACAGCUGACAAAGGCCAGGAGAGUGUGCUUAUCGUAUGGGACUCAUACACAGGGAUCCCUGUGCGCACCAUGUUUGAUUGCCAUCCUGAGGGAGGCAUCACUGCUGUAGCAUUGUCUAAUGAUUCAAGAUAUCUUGUGACCGUUGGAACUGGAACAGUACAGAGAGUGUGUAUUUGGGAUUGGACAAACGAGACUGAAGAUCCAGAAUGCCAGACUGACAUAAACCCAGAGUACGGUUUUCAGAAUCACAUCUUAUUCAACCCUACGGACAGCUCUCAGCUACUCAGUAACAGUGGAAGUCGAGUCCUCUUUUACACCUGGGAUAAGGGAAUUAUGGAAUAUUCAGCCCCAGAAAUUUCAGACAAGACAUUCAACAAGACAGUGGGUCCCUUGAGUCAGUCCGUCUUCCACUUUGGUGGUGUUCGGGCUUUCUCAGUUACGUUGGCAGGGAACCUGGUGCUCUGGGACGCCCUGAAAGGAUCUGCCACACAUCAAAUCAAAGCCAUGAAAGCCACAAAACUCAUUCCACUGCAGAAAAAUGGAAUCACUGUGCUGACUCUGUGUGACAGCUUUAUUGUAACAGGCGAUGUAAAGGGCCAUGUCAAAUUCUACGAUGAGAACUUCAAGCUCAUUAACUGGUACAGUGAGUUAAAUUUGGAUGCUAUUGCCUCCAUUUCCUUUUCAAAGGAAAUUCCUUCCAGUAGCAGUGAGGGGUACCAAGAAGACUCCACUCUACAAACCAAGCCAUUUGUUAAUAGAAACUUUGUCCUCUCUACAGUUAGUGCAGCUGUGGUCCAUGUGAAAGCUCAGGGCAGCGUGGCCCAGACUUUAUUGAAGGAACAUGCAGAGUCACUGGAUGCAGUGGCCUGUCACCCCAAACAACCUCUGGUGGCUAUGGGCAGCCAUGGUGGACUCUUAAAAGUGUGGGACUAUGAGAACAAAAGGGUCACCUCCAGCAGAGUCUUCUAUACAGACAAGCAGAUCCAAUGCAUCACCUAUGAUCCUCAAGGUUUUUAUCUGGCUUUGGGAUUUGCGAGUGGGGCAGUGCAGGUUCUAGAUCCCUGCACUCUGCAGCAAGGAGAGGAGAGCUUUCACUACAGUCAGGACUGCAUUACCCAUCUCACCUUCUCCCAUGACUCCUCCUUCCUGGCCACUGCCGACACUGGAAGGGCUGUGACAGUAUUUCAUCUGUGUAAGCAAGGCAGUCAGCAUGUGUGGAAGUAUCUGGGGAGGCACUGCUCUCAUUACAAGCCCAUCCAGGACCUGCUAUUUGGAGUGCAACUGGACAGCACACAGCCACGUCUGCUUUCUCUGGGCAUGGAUCGCAGACUAGUUGAGUAUGACCUGCAGAACAGCAAAAAGGAUGAAUUAUUGAUUCUCAGUUCUGAUCGCAUUGAGCAAAGUGCUGUGCCCACCUGCAUGGCCUGGUAUCCGCCUUUAACCACUGAACACUUCUUGCUUACUGCAUCUGACAUCUACAAGAUGAAACUGUUCAAUGUGACCACCAAGAUGUGCAGGAAAACACUUCUUGGACCCACAUACGGUACUCCAGUCAAGAAGAUGCUGACCCUCCCCCCUUCUAAAGACAGGGAUCCCAGUUCUCGUUACAUGGCUUAUAUAACGCAAGAGAAGGUUGGGGUUCACAUUCUGCCCCUAGAUGGGAACCCAUUCAAGUCUUCAGCACUGUUAUGCCACCCAUUGGGUGUCUCCAGUCUAGCUUGCUCCUAUGAUGGAAAAUACAUUUUCACUGCUGGUGGAGUGGACAAGACUGUCUUCUCAUGGGAGCUCAGCUUUAGUGCACUAGAGGCUGCCGCUGCUUUGGGAGGAAAAGAGCUGAUUCCCUUUUACAACCUUUUAGAGGGAGGGAGAGAUGGAGAGCUUUUUAGGAUGAUGGAGGAUUUGUUUUAUUACUGCCAGUUGCGCAACCAGGGCAUCGACUCCAUGGAAACCAGACAAGUGUCUACUCACAUCCCUCUCACUGAAGUGCCCUUUGUCAUGAGGGCACUUGGCUUCUACCCAACAGAGCAAGAGCUGGAGGACAUGCAGAAUGAGGUCAAAUUCAGCCGUUAUGCAGAGACAGGAAAAUAUGUGACGCAUAUUGACCUGGAGGAGUUUAUUAAGUUGUAUGUCAACCACCGGCCAGCCUUUGACACCUCCAAAGAAGAUCUCUUCAAAGCCUUCCAGGUGCUGGGUGUGCUAAAUGAGAGCGGUCAGCAGGUUAUCACCAGAGAAGAGCUACUGGAGUUACUACAGAGCAGGGGUGAGCCCAUGACUGAAGAGGAGCUGGCAGAGUGCUUAAUGACGUUGCCAGGCUUAGGUGUGGAAGGAGGCCGAUCUGAAUCAGAAACGCUCCACUGUAAAGAUCGUGAGUCACUGCUGGAAAGUAAGUUGCCUCCGAACAUCACCGUGGACACAUUUGCCACAGACAUCCUAGGAUUUCUCAGUGCCAGCCAGGAGCUUACUCCUGAAGAAGGCUCCUCCUCAUCCUCUAUGCUUUCUAAAGCCUCUUGAGCAGGUGUGAAGCACUUGCUUUGUGCAGACAAAUGAAUGUGUUGUUUCCAUGUGGAAAUACUGUAGUACUUCCAGGAACAAAGGAACCAAAAUAGUUUUAUUACUGGCUAUGUCUUCUUAUUGUUUUACGUGUUAUGUUUGGGGAUCUUUAAAACGGCAUUAAAUAAACUAAUCUUAUACAGAGAAAUGAGCUUCUUGAAGUUGUUAAUGGAUUGUAAUGGGAAAUAAGCGUUUUCAGUGUACUGUUCUAACGUCAUAUACGCGGUGUAUAUCUUAAUCUU